CUUUCACUGUAGGUAUUGUACCUUUGUACCCACCUAGGCUACACCUGCCUGACGUUUUGUUCUGAAGAGCUUAUCCUCCGAUUCCCGAUUCCAGCACUGCAGUUACGAAGGUACCUCUUAGCUGUAACUUGCAUUCAUCAACUUUUCUAAUCCGUCAUCCAGCCUCGUUGACUUAUCCUCUAAUCGUCUAGAUAUCAUAAGACAGGCCGGACCUCCAUUAUUUACACACACAACACCCUCGAUCCCGGUUUAUUAUCACAAUACCUCCAAAAUGCCGUUGCAAGCUGUUAUGAUAGUCGUUGAUAACAGCGAAAGCAGCCGCAAUGGAGAUUACCAGCCCUCCCGGUUCGAUGCCCAGGCCGAUGCGAUAAAUAUUAUGUUCGAGAGCAUCACCCAGUCCAACCCCGAAUCCUCCGUCGGCCUGAUGAGCAUGGGCGGCAAAGGACCCGAGGUUCUGUCUACGCUGACGACAGAACGGGGCAAGCUGCUCGAAGGUCUUCACCGGACGAAGAAGAAGAUCUCGGGCUCGUCCCACCUUGCAACCGGCAUCCAGAUCGCUAGUCUAGCAUUGAAGCACCGACAAAACAAAUCCCAACGCCAGCGCAUCAUCGUCUUCGUGUGCUCGCCCGUAGCCGACGACGAGAAAAAGCUCGUAUCUCUCGCCAAGAAGAUGAAGAAGGGCAACAUCGACAUUGACUUCGUUUUAUUUGGCGACCUUGACGACGAUGACGUACAGAAGAAGCUUGAGGCUUUCAACAAUGCGGUUAAAACCAACGAGAACUCCCAUCUUGUUGUUAUCCCCCCCAGCGGCAAGCUUCUAAGCGACCAGCUGAUAACUACUCCUAUCUUGCUCGGAGAGGGAGCUGCUGGUGGUUCGGGUGGUAUGGCCGAGGGUGGUGGCGACUUUGGUGAUUUCGACUUCGACCCCAGCGCCGACCCUGAGCUGGCUCUUGCUCUACGCAUGAGUAUGGAAGAGGAGAAUGCAAGGCAGGCCAAGCAGGCCAAGGAUGAGGCAGAUGCUGCGAACAAGACGAGUCUGGAGGGAAUACAGGAAGAGAGUGAGAACCAGCCUCUACUAAACGAACACGGUGAGCCUAGCGGAAGCGGAUCUGCCGACAAGAAGAGCUCUAAGAAAGACGACGACGACGACAAGAUGGACACGUCAUAGACGAAGACUUGUUUAUCUACAGUCUGUCGAAUUCUCGCCGGCGUGGGAUCACGGAGUUGUUGGACUUGUACAAUUAAUAAUAGACCAAAGGCCUGUAGCGAUGAAUUAGGCGGGGAAUGACAUUCCUGCCGCAAUAACAAGGGCAGAGCGCAUUUUCUAUCAAUCAAGUCCCGGGCCG